AUGUCGACAAAAACGACCCUCACCGUUUUCACCACUGCGUCUUCUGUAUGUAAGACACCAGAAAGGUUCAACACAUGGCUUGAUGAGGUUCGAGCUGAUCCGAAUAUUUGUCGGACACUGCCAAAGCCGAUCGGAGAUAUGGUCGACAAAAGCCUGCGGCUCCCCGCUUGGAUCUUUGACCCAAAUAGUCACUACUAUCAAACCUUUGAGUCGAUCUACCCUGGAAAACUUGGUGUCUUGAACGUAACACGCCCAGCUAAGAGCAGCAAGCCACAGGAUGAGUCUACUUUGAAAGACUUGGUUCACGCGCUUCAACACAUCUUAUACGUUCAGGACCGUCAUGAAGUGUUGUUCACUUAUGUAUGUCAUAGGAACAUCCAUAGCGAAUCCGACUUCCGUCAGCCGCUGGAUCGUCUGGCAACUCAUGCCUGGUGUACAGAGCUCGGAAUGAAGGAUGGAUUCUGCUUUUGGUAA